AUGCAUUUCUCAAAGCAGGCGGCAGUGGUUAUUCUAGGUUUGACUAGAGCCAGCAAUGCAAUUCAGGCCACCAUCCUCGCCGAUAGCAAUCGAGAUGGCAAAGUAGAUUUGACAGACCAGACUGAUGCCGACAAAACUUUAUGGACCGAAGAAUAUGGCGCUCUCUUCCUAGCCAACAUUGGAGAUACGGAUGGCCGAUGCUCGGCCAAUGUCACGUCUUCAACGCUUGAUGGAGAAUUGUCGAUGUGUAACGACGCUUCUGACAAUAUUCUCCGCAAUUCCAAGUACAUUGCUCCGCUUCUCACGCUGCCAAUCCAGAAUCUCAGUGAUAAUGCUGUCGGCAGCAUUGGCAUCUCAGGAGAGAAUGCAGCCGAUAAUGUGCGCAUCUUCUACAAGGCUGGCGAAGACUGGGUGUAUGUGACGGAAAACACCACCUUCGCCGCGCAAGAACUCAGAGUAGGACUGGAACUAGGCAUCGACGGCCGUACGACGCGGUACCCGCAAGUUUGGGACGGCCGUGUUCAAGUUCUUUUCAACGUCACUGACGGAUCAGAAUCGGGCAGCGACUUGGUUGCACUGCGGGUUGCUCCUGUAUUGACUCAUCAUCACCUUCAGCAUGCUCAACAAGUCUUCACUAAUAACUAUCCGGGCAUAGGUCUUCCACAAGAAAAAUUCGUCGAGGCACUGAAAGGUCCUGUCGCUCAGGCCGGCAUUGAGACGCCUAUUUUCGCGUUCACUAAGGAUCCUGAUAUUUGGGUACAAGAUUUCUUUGAGCCGGGCUAUUCCAGCAUCCCCGGGCCCGACGGACCUGUGGUGUUGCGCAUAAAUAUCAGAUCUGGACAGGAGUUCCGCUCUGCCGGCCGACAAAUCUUCACAGACUUGCGAUCCGACUCCGUUGGCGCAAUCCAGUAUCUGUGGCGUGGAGGUACUACUGAUUCUAUGGGGAAUCUGGAAACAAUCCCGCCGCACAGCUUCAACAAUAAAACAUAUGCUGCCGGCCGUAUCAUAAUGGGCCAGCAAGACUCGGAAGAUCCAUGGAUCAUGGCGUUUCUUAGGGCGCAGGAGACACAGGACCCCGUUAUUACUGACCAUGAUUGGCUUCUGGUCGGGCAUACCGACGAGUACAUGCAGUUCCUCCCGGCCAACAAUUCGCGAGGCUGGAUUGUUAUGCUUGCCGAUCCACUCGCCGGUAUCCAGCUUCUGAAAGAUGCGCAAGCGGCUGGACAUGGUGGUGUUACGGCCGUGUCACGACUUCAAGAUGCCUCUGAUCCCAAGCAGAGUUCUCAGUAUUGUCUGCCCAAGCUCACCAUCGAUCAGGUCCUGCAACUUGCCAACCUGACAGGGCUCAAUACCUACGCCGCGGAGUACAUCCAGAAGAAUAUUGAAAUCGUUAAAAGCGCUGUUGGUCUCACCGAUGAAGAGAUUCUUCGCGUUCCCGGCAUCUACUAUAACGAGACAUUUCCCUGCACAGUCAAUGGGGCUCAACCUCAGCGGCUCAACAGCGUCUCCGCAUUCGGGGGAGUACAGGCGUCGAAACCUCACUCGAUUAUCGAAGCUAUCAAUCCCAAUGGACAGUUGGAGAAAAGACAGACUCCGAUACGUUUUACAGGCCCCCGUCUCACUGCGAUGUACCCAGGCGCUAUCAAUGGUGUCGUGCUGAGCGAUUCUCAGAUUCUGGCACCCGCUCAAUGGGGCCCAAUUAUUGAUGGAAAAGACAUAUUUGCGACAGCAGUCCAGGAUUCAUAUUCAAAGAUAAACUUUAACGUUACGUUUAUCGAUGAUUGGUAUGAUCAUCACGAGCUGGACGGCGAAGUUCACUGUGGAACGAAUGUCUACCGCGACGCGUCAGCUCCUUGGUGGUGA